UGAAAGGGCAUGCGAAGGACGACGACGAGGACGACGACGACAGAGAAGGGGCGGGGAGGGGAGCGAGGGGAAUGCUCAUGAGGAAGGUCAAGGCACUGCUAAUCGGAGACUCAGGCGUGGGCAAGUCGUCGAUUCUCAAGCGGUAUGUGGACGAUGAUCCGCCUGGUGAGCACCAGAGUACGGUUGGCGUCGACUUUAAGAUUCGGACGGUGCGCAAGACAGAGCCCGGCUCGGACGUGGUGCGGACGGUCAAGCUCCAGAUCUGGGACACGGCAGGACAGGAGCGGUUCCGCACAAUCACGAGGUCGUACUACCGUGGCGCACACAUUGUGCUCAUCGUAUACGACAUCACAUCGCUCGAGUCGUUCAACUCGCUCCCGAUGUGGCUCUCCGAGAUCGAGAAGAACUCCAACGGUUCGGUCAUCAAGCUGGUGGUUGGCAACAAGGCCGACGCCGAUGACUCGCGCGAAGUCGACACCGACAAGGCUCGCCAGUUUUGCUCCGAGCGUGGCCUGGCCUUCUUUGAGACUUCGGCGCUAUCGGCACAGAACAUCGAAGAGUGCUUCGACUCGAUGCUCGACGAGUACAUCAAGAAGAACCAGAAGGUCAUCGGCUCCACCGCGCCGACCAAGAACACCGCGAGUCUCCACAAGCCUGCCGCCCAGCCGGCCAAGAAGGGCUGCUGCUAAUCAACGCCGUCCCCCCUCUGCUGCACCACCACAUUGAUGACCGUGGCCGCCGACUGCAGCC